UAAGACACAUCGACCAAACAGAUAGACGGAUGUUCAUGGAAAGUAAAGUUGUUCUAGGCCCAAGCGCCAAUUAACGACUUGGGGAAUACCUAUUUACCGAGUGGCUACGAUUGUAUAGGUAUAGCCAGCCAUUCAGUAAUCGAUCGAUCCAAGACACGGGAACUCGAGACUAUUGAGGGAGCGCGGUUCUAGCGUCCUCAACGAGCAGCAGAUAUGCGUCGGGAGGGUGGAUGCUGGGCUGUUCUGACAUGUUAUGCGUUCCAAAAAAGUCAUCGACAUGGGUGCCUGAUCGUCGGCGCUUUGGGCGCUUCAAAAGGGAGGGAACUGAACUUGGCCAAAUGCAGUACGGAGUACGUACAGUACGCACAUGCCAAGCCUAUCUUGCCCGCUUCAGAAAAAGUCAAUUACCUGGUGAAUACAACUCGACGUUGUUCUCUUAAUGUUUCACAGCCACCGGUGGACCCUGAGUCAGUUGGCGCUAGAUUACUUUUUACAUCUUUUACAUCGGAUAACCAGGGUCUAUCAAAACGGUAGGUACGGUAUCCAUCGAGUUUGACUUAAUCGUGAUUUUAG